GGCCCAUCUAAAACUUCCCCAUUCUGAACUUCCCUCUUACAUCACCGUUUGACUUCUGCCAUCCCACCUCACCGAACUUGAGAUACGCCCGAUUUCCCAUCUCUUUAACGCCCCACACAGACACAAACACCAUGAACAACUUUGGCGUCAUCGAAGUCGCCAGUCAAAAGACGAAAAACGCCCCAGGAUGGGCGUACGUCCCAGAUACCGGCCUUACGCCCGCCGCGGCCGCCGCGCUACAACCUCUCAACCGAAAACGUGCAGCGCGAGAUAAGGCUAAUGUCGGCGCUCCCGAUCUUACUGCCAGACAGGAUGCGAAGAUCCGGAAAGAUCUCGAGGCGCUGGACAGAGAUUCACAUAGGGAUGCGCAGAUUCCUAUACCGCCCAAGGCGGGUGGCACAAGAGCUCAAAACAAACACACACCGAACGUGCGCAAGAUUCUACAAUCACAAAAGACCUUCGCGAACCACUUGGACGAUUACCAAGCGUUCCUGGCGCUGGCCGAGAGCAAUCCCCAGCUCGCAGCCCAAGUAAACAAACCAACACCGACAACAACAGCGAGGAACUCGCCCGCUCCAUCAACCAUCACCACCGCAAGUACAAACAAACGUUCCUCAGCCGCUUCCAAGAGGGCGGCGGCGACGGCGGCAGCGGCAGCAGCAGCAAAAGAAGAGAAGGGCGGAUCCAACAAAAAGUCCAAGACCCAACCACAAUCGAAACCCGCCGAUGACGAUGACGAUGUAGAGAUGAUCGACGCCCCCGACACCGCCCUCCCAUCCCCAAACAUAGCAGAAGCCACCACCGGCCCCGAUUCCUCAGAGCCACUCCCACCACGCCCCUCUGCCUCAACAUCCCUCGAUCCCACAACAACAGCGACAACCACAACAGAACCAGAGCCAACAAAACCCCAAUCCUACCCACCAGACGGCACCAUCCUCCCCCCCUACAACCGACCUCCACCCACUCCCCACCCAGGCGACGACGACCCCUUGUUGAUCUCGCGCGUCCCUCCCUUUCCCACGGACGAGGAGCUGCGGGCGCUGAUGACGGCUCCGCCGCUGAGUUACCUCGAGGCGCGGGCGCAGUGGACCGAGGAGGAGGAGGGCAGAUACCCGGUUCGCAGGUUUUGCGAGGUGUGUGGGUAUUGGGGACGGGUGAAGUGCAUUAAGUGCGGGGCGAGGGUUUGUGCUUUGGAGUGUCUGGAGGCGCAUAGGGAGGAGUGUUUGGUUCGGUAUGGGUUGUAGUGGAGGGUUUGAGGGGGGGUUACUUGUCAGGGCUUGAAUUCAUUGCCUGUCUGACCUUUCAGAAGGUAGCAGGCAAAAAUAGGAGGCGCUUCGAGACCUGGCGAGUAGGUUAGGGGGGAUGUGGGAAGGAUUGGGAGGUUGAUUUUUGGUUAGUACAGUAUGAUACCCCAAUUUG